AUGGCCCCAUCAGCAACGACCCUCAAGGGCCAGCCCCUCGACCGUCCUGCCCUGGACUCGUUACUCCGACGUCGCCUGUUUUACACGCCUGCUUUUGAGAUUUACGGUGGUAUCGCCGGUCUCUACGACUACGGCCCGCCGGGCUGUGGUCUGCAGGCCAACAUUAUUGACCAAUGGCGCAAGCACUUCAUUCUCGAGGAGGACAUGCUCGAGGUCGACUGCAGUGUCUUGACUCCCCACGAGGUUCUCAAGACAAGUGGCCACGUUGACAAGUUCGCCGACUGGAUGUGCAAGGACCCCAAGAACGGCGAAAUCCUGCGAGCUGACCACUUUGUUGAGGAGGUGCUGGAGACGCGCCUGAAGGGCGACAAGGAGGCUCGUGGCCAGAAGAUUGAGGAGAAGGAGGAGGACCCCAAGAAGAAGAAGAGAAAGAACAAGGGCGCCGUCGAGGCUGUCAAGCUCGAAGACGCUGUUGUGCAGGAGUAUGAGGAGAUUCUGGCCAAGAUUGACAACUACGAUGGCAACGAGCUCGGUGAGCUGAUCAAGAAGUACGACCUCAGAAAUGCUGCUACUGGCGUUCAGCCUUCGCCUCCUGUGGCUUUCAACCUCAUGUUCCAGACUGCAAUUGGCCCGAGCAGCAACGUGCCCGGUUACCUGCGACCCGAGACUGCUCAGGGACAAUUCUUGAACUUUGCCAAGCUGCUAGAGUACAACCAGCAGCAGAUGCCUUUCGCCUCUGCCUCCAUUGGCCGAUCCUACAGAAAUGAGAUUUCCCCGAGAGCCGGUCUUUUGCGUGUGCGAGAGUUCUUGAUGGCCGAGAUUGAGCACUUCGUCGACCCCCAGGGUGGCAAGAAGCACACCCGAUUCAACGACGUCAAGGAUGUUGAGCUUGUUCUGCUCAACAGAGAGACUCAGCUGUCUGGCAAGACUGACGUGAAGAAGGUGACUAUUGGUGAGGCCGUCGCCAACGGCACUGUGGACAAUGAGACCCUGGGUUACUUCCUUGCCCGCAUCCACCUCUUCUUGAAGAAGAUUGGUGUGGACCAGACCAAGAUCCGUUUCCGCCAGCACAUGGCCAACGAGAUGGCUCACUAUGCUGCCGACUGCUGGGACGCUGAGCUUCUGACUUCGUAUGGCUGGAUUGAGUGUGUUGGCUGUGCUGACCGUUCCGCCUACGAUCUCAGCGUGCACGCAAAGAAGACUGGCGCUCCGCUGCUCGUGCGUGAACGUCUGCCUGAGCCCAUUACCAUUGAAGAGUACCAAGUCGAGGUGGACAAGAAGAAGUUUGGCCCUCACUUCAAGAAGGAUGGCAGGGUUGUUGAGGCGGCCCUCGUGUCUACUUCGCAAGAGAAGAGGGAAGAGCUCUCCAAGACUCUGGAGUCGGCCGACUCCAUCGCCAUUGAUGUUCCUGGUGUCGGUGACGGCAAGGUGGUUGUGCCCAAGGAGCUGGUCACUAUCGCCAAGCGAAAGCGGGUCGAGAACACCCGGGAGUUCACUCCCAACGUUAUUGAGCCAUCUUUUGGUAUUGGCCGUAUUCUCUACAGUCUCAUGGAGCACUGCUACUGGACACGUGGCAGCGAGGGCGGUGAUGAGGCCCGUGGUGUCCUUUCUUUCCCUCCCACAGUGGCACCCACAAAGGUUCUUAUCGUGCCUCUCUCCAGCAAUGACCAAUUCAGACCCUUCUGCGCCAAUCUGUCUCAACGACUUCGCAAGUUGGGUAUCUCUAGCCGCAUUGAUGACUCUUCAGCUACAAUCGGCAAGCGUUACAGCCGUAACGACGAGCUUGGUACACCACUUGGCAUUACCAUUGACUUCCAGACUGUGAAGGACAAGUCCAUCACACUCAGAGAUCGUGACUCGACCAAGCAGGUUCGUGCUGACGAGGACACGAUCGUUGCCGCUAUCCAAGCUGUGGUCGAGGGUUCCAAGACGUGGGAAGAUGUCCAGGCUGAAUUGCCUGCAUUUGAAGGCCAGGAAGUUGAAGUGACCGUCCGAUAG